AUGGUGGUCCGAUACCGCACGGAGAACAGACGGCUGCAACGAACUGUGUCCAGCCUUUCCAAGCAACUCACCAUCGCAGCGCAAUCCCGCCAAACCCGUGUCGCAGACGCAAGCAAUGCAACGCAGACGGCUUCGUCCUUCCUCCGAGAUGAAGACACGAUGAAGCAGCAGGUUCUCGACAUGCAGCGCCGGCUGGACAGGUUACUGAUUGAGCUUCAGGCCAAUGCAACAACCAAGUACGAUCGUCAGCUGCGCGCCAAUCACAAACUUCAACAGAAUAAUCAAGACUUGUCCGUGCGUGUUGCGUCGCUGGAGCAGCAGCUUCGACAGGCGGAGGGUCGGGUUCAUCUCCUCAGGCAACAGCUGCUCGAGCGGACCCCGCGGCGAGGCCCCGCUCCCGGCGCCGUGAAACCACGCGACUUCCAGCAGUGGAUGACUGAGCGAGAUGAACUCAUGUCACGCAUCACCCUCCUCACAGACGAGAACAAGGUGUCCACCUUCGUGUUUGAGCUUCGGCUGAAAGGCGUUUUGAAGAAAUCCAUGCAGAAGUACAAACGGUUACAGACUGAGCUCUCAGACCUGUCUCCAUCCUUCUUCCAGGAGCUGGAAGAUUUGAAGUUUGAGUUGCAUCAGGCACGGUUGCGCAAUCGCGAAUUGGAGGCUGAGUUGGCAGACGCAACGGCCACACCAGCAUGA